AUGUACACAUGCACAGGACACAAGAACUGGGUCCUUUGUAUUGGAUGGUCACCCGAUGGCAAGUAUCUUGUAAGUGGGAGCAAGUCAGGAGAACUUAUAUGUUGGGACCCACAAACCGGAAAGCAAUCAGGAAAUGCUUUAACUAUAAGUCUUUAA